AUGAGGUACCGGACUCCGUCAUGGCGUCAAGAACCAAGCUCCGAUACCACUGUUGAAAGGGAAGGUAAAAUAUGUUUCACUUGGUAUGGAACUUCUCCAAGAGUGAGUCUAAAGGAUCCAGAUCUGGUCAGAGAAGUUUUGUCAAAAAAAUUUGGCUAUUUUGAGAAACCAAUAUCAACCCCAUUUACUAAAUAUGUAUUCCAAGGACUUAUUAUUCACGAAGGUGAAAAGUGGGCCAAGCAUCGAAGAAUCAUCAACCCAGCUUUCCAUUUGGAGAAGUUAAAGCUGAUGGAGCCAGCCUUCUCUAGAUCUUGCGGUGAACUAAUCAAAAGAUGGGACAAGAUGAUACCUGAUGAAGGCUACUUGGAAUUAGAUGUGUUCCCAGAGAUUCAAAAUGUCACACAAGAUGUCAUCUCCAGGACUGCAUUUGGUAGCAGCUAUGAAGAAGGAAGAAGAAUAUUUCAACUACUAACAGAGAAGCUCCACCUUGUUAUGCCAGCUUUCCAUAAUGUGUAUAUCCCUGGUUAUCAGUUUCUACCCACACCAAUGAACAAAAAAGUAAGCCAAAUUGAGAAAGAGUUGGAAAGAAUACUUAGAGGCAUGAUUGAGGAAAGAGAGAAGGCCUUGAGAACGGGGGCAUUUAGCAAGGAUGAUCUUCUGGGUAUACUAUUGGAGUCCAAUAUGAAAGAGGGUGAAGAAGAGCAUGGGAAGUCCAAAAACAGAGUGAUGACUACUGAGGAUGUGAUUGAAGAGUGCAAGAUGUUCUACACUGCAGGGCAAGAAACCACUUCGGUUCUGCUCACAUGGACAAUGAUUUUGCUGGCCAUGUAUCCAAACUGGCAGACUAUAAGAGAAGAGGUUCUCCGAGUGUUUGGGAAGAACACACCGGACAUGGAUGGAUUGAGCCGCUUGAACAUUGUGACCAUGGUUCUAUAUGAAGUUCUCAGGUUAUACCCUCCUGGGGCUUUCUUAUUAAAAAAAGCAUGCAAAACAGUGGAAGUUGGUGGGAUUACUUACCCUUCAGGCAUGAUAUUCUUACUGCCUAUAAUAUUAAUUCACAGUGACCAUGAAUUCUGGGGAGAAGAUGCAAAAGAGUUCAAACCAGAGAGGUUUGCAGAAGGGAUAUCAAAAGCAUCCAAAGUUGCAGGUGCUUUCUUGCCAUUUAGUGCUGGCCCUCGUAUCUGGUCUAUCUAUGUGUUGAUUAUCAGUGUAUGCAUUGGGCAGAGCUUUGCACUGAUUGAAGCUAAGAUAGGACUUAGCAUGAUACUCCAGCGCUUCUCAUUUGAGCUUUCACCUUCUUACAUCCAUGCACCAUACAAUCUUCUUAUUGUUCAACCACAGCAUGGAACUCAACUCAAGCUGAAAAAACUCUGA